GAUCCAGCGUACUUUGCGAGCGCUCUCAAAAGUCAUAAUUUCCGGGCAGGAUUUUCGUGGGUGGGGCCCUGGAUCCUCUAGCAUGGCCUACCACUAAAAAGACAAAAAAGAUCUGCUUGCAAGUAUAAUUGGCUUAGCAAGGUGAUUCCUUGAAUAACCCUUUGAAGCUGUCAAGCCGUUCUUAUGAUAUCAAUGGGAUGCCCACUUGUUUUUGAUCUGACCGUUUUCAUUUAGCAGUUAAUAUAAAAGGUAAUUUUCUCUACCUACGGAUUGAAACACAAAAAGCCUAAACAACGAAAAAACAACAAUUUGUGAGAAAAUAGCUGAUCGAUCGUGUGUAGUUUUUUCUAUCUUUAUUUUUCGUCUUUUUUGUAGUUCUCCCGGAAGACGACAUGCAUUUGCUUUCUUGUAACGACCAAUGUACACUUGUUAUGUAUUUUUCACACCUCUAAGCGCAAUAUUAAGAUAGGACCUCCUUCAGACGCGUUAAUAACCUAGUGUCACAACCAGUUGGCAUGUGAGUAACACUUCGUAUUCCCCCCUUGAAAUAAGCUGUUAGAACAAACGUCACAAUGAAAAACAGCGUAUCGGCAAAGUGAAUAGAAACCUACAAAUUCUUUCAUUUACAAAGGACACUCAAUAGAAAACAUUGUUCAUAAAAUAAGAAAUAUACCUAUUGAGAUUUUAUUGUAUUUAUCAUCUUUUUAUUGAGAGGAUCGUGACGUUGAGUCAGUAGUUGACUUAGAGCCUGGUCCGACAAGAUGUCGACUUUCAUCCACACUUUGCUGGUGGCUGUUGCAUUUACUGCAUUCCUGAAAACGAGCAGUGGAAAAGACAAGAUAACUGCAUUCCUGAAAAAGAUCAGUGGAAAAGACAAGAUCUGUACCUACAAUGGGAUAGAAUAUGGUGACAAGGCAAUGGUGGAUAAGGGAGACCCCUGCCUCGAGUGCUAUUGCCGAAGAGGGACAAUCUCCUGCUCGAAGACAAUCUGUGUGGAUCAAGAAGGAUGUGCGAGCCUUGUCGACGAUGGCGCCUGCUGUCCACGAUGCGAGUGCAGAGAUAGUGCAGGUAAUUUGCACCAAAAAGAAAAUAAAUGGCAAAAUGUUGUGGACAACACGUGCUAUGAUUGCAAGUGUGGAAAAGAUAUGACGGCCAGGUGCAAAAAGACCAAGGAGAAAUGCGAGCCCUGCAAGGCUGGUCAGACGGAGGUCUUCUUUAAGAAUCGAUCCUGCCCGGCUUGUAGAGAGCGUCUUGUACCAUCUGGACAUGUUGACCCUCCUAUGAAGUUUAAAAGCUGGAAAGAGGUGGACGAAUACGUCAAACUCAAGAAGGGAGGCAAAUCCAAGAUUUCAGGAUGAAUUUGGGACGUCUUUUAUUGCUUAUAAAAAUUCUGAAAAUAAGACCCUAGCCAGCAUUAGCUUAAAAAUUCACACACAUAAGAAUACAUUUCUGUUUAAAAUAUGUCGAUGAGGUAAUUUGGAAAACAAUGUUUUGUGGCUCAUUUUCUCAAUUUUAAAAGGAAAGUAUAUUGUUUUACUAACAGCGAUAAUUGGCAAGUUAAAUUCUCUCAGCGAAAAAGACGGGCUUUCGAUUAACAAAAACUAGAUUUAAUUAAUGGUUUGUUGCAUUUUUUGUUUGCAUUGUUAGGGUUGAGGGGUACACUCAUCGAUAAUAAAAUGAAUUUCAAAGUCUU